CCUGGGAAGAAGGAAGAGGCCACGACCCAAACCCCUGAGUCCCAGGAGGGAGGGGAGGAGGUCAGAGGUGGAGGGUUGCCGUGUGGGAGAGAGAAGGAAAAUGGCCCGGGCAGAGGAAGUAGCCGCUGUCUUGGGGGAGGAUUUUCGGUGGAGAUGUCAUCACCAAGACCUCCUUCCCAUCCGGGGCCUGCCUGCCAGGGGAACUCCGGUUCUACGAAGACAGGACCUGGCGGUUUGAGGGCCAGGGACAGUGGCGGUCAGACCCAAGGCCCUGCGCGGUUCCACCGCUCCAGCCUGGACUUUGCCUCUGCGCUGCCUGAGCCCCACCCUGCAUCCCAGGCCUUCCCUCAAACGCCCAGGACCACAGCCCAGGGAGCUGGGAGAGAGCCCACCAUGUUGGGCUACCUGACCCUGCUGCCUGUCUUCCUGGCCCUCUGGGCUACCACUGGUAUCUGGAUUGUCUUUGCCAUUGCAGUGGUCAACGGGACUGUGAACCUCAGCGAAGGCUUUCCCUACAUCAGUAUCUGUGGAUCUUACCCCCCUCAGAGCUGCAUCUUCGGCCAGUUGCUCAACAUGGGAGCUGCUAUGGCCGCCUGGAUCUGCAUUCUCCGUUACCACCAGCUCCGGGACUGGGGGGUCGGAAAGUGGUGUAACCAGCUGAUCCUGUGGACGGGUCUCUUCUCUGCCCUGGGCACCUCCAUGGUGGGCAAUUUCCAGGAAAAGAACCAGAAGCCCACACACCUGGCAGGAGCCUUCCUUGCCUUCAUCUUGGGCAACCUCUACUUCUGGCUGCAGGUCCUUCUCCUGUGGCGGAUGAAGAGCCUGCCCCGGCCUGGGGGCCCCUGGCUUGGCUCACUCCGCCUGGCCCUCUGCUGUCUCUGCACCGGCCUCAUCGUGGCCAUGGUGGUCCUCCACUCCCAGCAGCUGCGCUCCGCGUCUGCCGCCUGCGAGUGGGCCACGGCCAUGCUGCUGUUCUGGCUCUUUGGACUCUUCUCCGUCGACUUCUCUGGCCUGGACGGCUGCACCCUGUGUCUUCAGCCGCGGCCCAGCCUCAGCCCGCAGCCGGCCUCCCCCGUCUCCCUGCCUGUCCAGCUGUCGCCGGCGCCCUGACCCGGGCCUCAUGUCACCAGUGGAAGA